UAAAUUAAGAGAUUUAAUUAACACAAAUACAAAUUUGAAAAGUUCGAGGUUAGGAGCCGAAUUAAUUAAGAUUUAAAGACUGAUCUUCGCCGAUCGCGUUUGAGUACUUGAGUGGGAAAAUAAAAAGAGAAAAGAAAAGAGUUAAUAAUGGACUAAAUUCAAAAUAACGGAUUACUUCUCCUACAAAAAGAGCAUGCACAAGCUGGAAAGAGGCGCUGUCUUAGCCUUAAAAUUAGCGUCAAUUCAGAUUCCAUUCUCCAGUUUCCAAGAGAUAGAUCCAGCGGCCGGGAUAGAGUACUGGUGCACAGCGAUGGAGCUCAUCAACGGCUGGUCAUGCAUCUCCGGCAUCAGUAGUCGCCGACGCCACAGCCAAACCGCCGACGGCAGCGGCAGUUACGAACGGAUUAUUUAUCCUUCUUUUUCUACGUCGUCCUCGUCCCCGUCCCCAGCAGUUGCCAUGCCCGGCCAGAAAUGGAAGUCGUUGUGGAGGAGAAUACUGAAGGAGAAGAAGAAACUCUUCGGGAGUACUUGCAGCCCAUCAUCACCGCCGGGAAAUAACAUUUUCUCGUACAACGCUGUCGGCUAUUCGCAGAAUUUUGAUCAAGGGUACGUCAUGAUUUGGUCCGACCCGGACGGCGAGUCUCGCUCCUUCUCCGCCAGGUUCGCCGCGGUUCCAACGACGGCGACGACGUCUGGAUUUUUUGAUGAGGGGAGUAGCCAAUUAGUAUAAGGCGAUCGUUUUGUUUGUUUGUUUGUUUGUUACAUGGAGAGUGAAGUAUAAUGAGGAUAUGAUAAAUUAAGGGCUUGAGA